UUCUAUUUUUUUUGUCGCUAAAAAAAACUUAAGCGAUAAACCUCGUAUGAUUUUCUACGCACAGAGCAAAGAAAACCGCUCCCGAAUCCCGAUUUUGCUACUCUCCCUCAUUUCUUCACUCAUGAAUCCACAAAAUAAGACACAAUUUCCCAAAUUCAAGUAAUUUCUAGUCCAUGGAAGCGGAAAAGGUUUCAAUUUUUCACCACCCUUAACUUGUCCUAUACUUUGAUUUGUUUUGCUUUCUACUGUGAUUGGUUUUCAUUUUUUUUUUUGAAAACAUUUUAGCAGCCAUUAAGGUUGUUACUUUUUGUUUUGUAUAAGAAAAGAUGCAAUCUUUGGUUUCAUCAAAGUUUCUUGUGCUUGUUGGAGAAUCAUUCCCCAUGAGAAGGGCUUUAUUGAAUUCUAGGUUUGCUUGGUUUCAUAGUAGUGUUCGGUGUACGAGCCAUGUAGAACCCAAUCAUGGUUCUCUCACCCUUUCAACCCUUGGGUUUGAAACUGAAAUUGAGCCUAAGAUUAGAACUAAAUCAAAAAUGGUUAAGCCAUUAGGUUCAUCUGAGGGGUUCAAGAAUAAAAGAAAACCCUUUGGAAUUGGAACUGGUGAGAAGAAAGGAGUCAGGGUUUUGAGUAAACAAGAAAUAGAGUCUGCCCCUUUUGCUGCUAAGUCGUUUUCGGAACUUGGUGUUCCUGAAGUUUUGAUUGAGAGGCUAGGAAAAGCGGGUUUCGAUGUUCCGACCGAGGUUCAAUCUGCUGCGGUUCCGACCAUUUUGAAGAACCGUGAUGUUAUAAUUCAGUCGUAUACGGGUUCGGGGAAAACAUUGGCUUAUCUCCUUCCCAUAUUGUCUGUUAUUGGGCCGUUGAGAGGUGAGAAUUCUGGCGGUGAUGGUGACGGUGGUGAGACGGGGAAGAAAUUGGGUGUUGAAGCGGUGAUUGUUGCUCCGUCUAGGGAACUUGGAAUGCAGAUAGUGAGGGAGUUUGAGAAGAUAUUGGGAAUGGAUAAUAAGAAAAUGGUCCAGCAGCUUGUGGGAGGUGCGAACCGAACCAGGCAGGAAGAAGCUUUGAAGAAAAAUAAACCUGCCAUUGUUGUUGGUACGCCUGGUAGGAUAGCUGAGCUUAGUGCAAGCGGGAAACUUCGUACACACGGCUGUCGGUAUUUGGUAUUGGAUGAAGUUGAUGAGCUUCUUUCGUUCAAUUUCCGGGAAGACAUGCACAGGUUAUUGGAGCAUGUUGGGAGGAGAUCGGGUGCAGACCUAAACUCAAAUGCUAAAAAGACUGAGCGUCAAUUAAUUAUGGUUUCUGCAACCGUUCCGUUUUCGGUUGUAAGGGCAGCUAAAAGCUGGGGUUGUGACCCACUUCUUGUUCAAGCUAAGAAAAUCGUACCGCUUGAAACUUUGUCUCCUGAGCCAGUCAAGUUGUCGCAGAGCUCGAAUACUACCUCGUCUAUGCCAUCUAAGGCUGCAGUCGAGAGUCUACCUCCCGCAUUGAAACACUAUUAUUGUGUAGUGAGGUUGCAACACAAAGUUGAUACAUUGAGAAGGUGUAUUCAUGCACUGGAUGCAAAAUUUGUGAUAGUUUUCAUGAAUCAUACUAAGCAGCUAAAGGAUGUUGUCUUCAAACUGGAAGCUCGUGGGGUGAAAGCCGCAGAGUUACACGGAGAUCUCGGGAAGCUUGGCAGGUCGACAACUCUGAAGAAAUUCAAGAACGGCGAGGUUAGAGUUCUUGUGACAAAUGAAUUAUCAGCAAGGGGUUUGGAUGUAGCAGAAUGUGAUCUUGUGGUUAACCUCGAAUUGCCGACAGAUUCAAUUCACUAUGCACAUCGAGCCGGUCGAACCGGUCGGCUUGGUAGGAACGGUACAGUGCUAACCAUAUGUGAAGAGUCAGAGGUUUUUGUUGUGAGAAAAUUGAAGAAGCAACUUGAAUUACCGAUAGCAUGCUGUAAUUUUGUCGAAGGAAAGCUUCUUGUGACAGAAGAAGAAGAGCAUACACUAACCGACACUUCUUGAAGACGAGGUGUUGUAAUUUUGUAACUUGUUUAGAUGACAUUGUUUCCAUUUUUGUGUUUCAUUCUUCAUUGAAGUUUCUUUCACUCUCUGCUAAUGUUUAUUUAUAUGCAUCAAAGCUACAUUUAGAGUAUUGUUUUC